GUCUUAGUGCUGGGCUGUGGGAAGUACAUUCUUCUUCUACUGAAGUGGAUCCGCCAGGUCUGGAAAGCUUAUUCUUCCAAAGAUCUGAAAGGGUCCCAGGAAUGGGUGCCUUGGCCCAGCUGGAAUAAUUUUGCAGCUUAGAGGCAUUUUUCAACCUUUUCUUCUAACAGUUCUCCAUAUUGUCUUGUUGCUCCAUGGACCUGUCCCCCAACAUUAAUUCUCUCACUUAGUGAAUUUUGCCCCGACUCCAGACAAAAUCCUACAAUUUAAAUUUUCCUUGCUUUUCUCUGUGUACCACCCAUCUUAAGGCUGUAUUGGAGGAGUCCUUGGUCCUCUGGGGAAUCUGCUUUUCUCUACCCCAAAACAGGUUAAUGAAUCCCCGAAUUGCUGUUCUGUAUAGGAGAUGUCCCCUGUGUUAUUCCCCACACCAUAGAGAGAAUUUAAAAUUAUGAACUAUUUAAUAAACUGUAGACUCACGGCCAGUCAACUAUAAAACCCAUGCCUCUUUCAGGCCACUUUUUGACAAGUUUCAGGUAAGAAUGAUAGCAUAUUAAAUUAUUAGGCAGUGUUAUGACUAUACAAGGAAGAUUUAUCCUUUGAUGAAUAAAUAUUGCUGUAGCCCAAUUUAGAACUUGACCAACGCUGAUUUAUGGCUUAAAAUAUAAGGGUUAUUUUAUGAAGAAGUGGCAGUAGUAGUGGGGUAGGUUUAAAAGGGAUGGCUGUGGCACCUUUGAGUAAGAUGCCAGUGAAACAUUGCCAUAGACAGAGCUGCGGGAGGAUUCUUGGUGGCUGCUGGGGGUUCCUACCACUUCCAAUAGGCAGUGGGGGGUCCAGGUCACUUUGUGAUGUGCAGUUCCAGCUGAUGCUUUGAGGUACUGUUAAAUGGGUGGGUGCCCCUGGGUCUCAAGCAGGUGGUCCUGCAGAGCACCUUCUAAAAGAUUCCGCUUGUCUGCAUGUGGAAUUGCAGGGUGGCAGCGGGCCCAGUGUCACCGACUAUACAUUUUUCUGAUAAAGAAGGUGGUUUUGAGGAUGAAUGCUUUUAAAACCUGGUUGAGGAGGGAAGCUGGUGAGUUUCGUGUGUGCUCUGGAUGUGGUGGUCAUCCUACUUUUGAAUCAAAAAGAAAAAAAAGAAAAAACCUGGGGUGUUUGAAGUGCUGAGUAUGGGUACUUAUAGGAAUAGAGAAUUUAAAAUGGAAACCGACUGUAAUGUCUGUUGGAUGCACACAUGAACACUGACGGUCGAGCUAGACCAGUUUCGUACAGUCGUUUUCUCUUGUCUGUUUAUUUAUCGAGUAGCGUGCACGUGGUAUAAAAGUCGGAAGUUACAGAGCCUAAAGGGGUAUCCUCCCCUCCCUGCCUCCAGUCUCCCCCUUACCCUCUCUAGAAGUAACCACUGUUUUAGCUUUUGAUUAUCUUUUUCAAAGGUAAUCGAUGCCUAUUAAUCCAGAUAUGAACACAUAGUAUUUUUCAGCAACUGCUGGCGUCCUAUUCAUGUGAUUUUGUGCCUUACUUGGCUUACCUAACCGUAGACAUGGAAAAUGGUUCCAUGUCAUGACAUCGAGAAUGCCCUCGUUGUUUUUUUUUUUUACAGCUGCAUGGCGUUCCAUUUUGUGGAUGACCCGUAAUUUAUUAAAGCAGUCCCCUGACAAUGGAUGUGGGGGCUGUUUCCAGUCUUCUGUCAUUACAAAGCAGACUGCAGUGAGAAUCCUGUAUACACACCAAUCUGCAUAUGUGGGAGCAUGUCUCAGAAUCAGUUCUUAGAAGUGGAAUUGCUGGUAGAGCUUGUAGACGUCUGUGAUAUUGGUAGACCUUGCGAGUAUCCUUUCUAGGAGCUGGUAGCAAUUUACACCAGCACCCUCAAUGAAUGAGACAUCCUCGCCAACACAGCCCUGGCUCUGGAGGAUGCUGAAGGAGGAAGACAGAAGCAGGACGACCCUGAAGGAUUAAGCCUCUUAAUCCUGAAACAGAAACAGGUCUCCUCUUCCGACCUGCCCAGCAGCAUGAGAGCAGCAUGACUGGCCGGCCGCAGGAGAAGCCCCCAGAGCCAGGCUCCCAACUCAACCAUCUGCUGCGGAGGUCAAGGUGUGAGCGGCAUCUCUUCCCCACGCUGGUGUUUGCUCCGUACCUCAGCCCGGGCGAGGAUGUAAAACCCGCCGCUCUGCACAUGAGUGGUACAGGCCAACAGGAACACCUGGCUCCAGCCGCAUUCACAGACAUGUCAGCCGUGGAGUAGUGUGGACGCUUUCUCUCAGCUUCUCAGGGUUUCAGUCCUUUUGGGUUUGUUUCAUUUACCUUUUUUUAUGGUUUUGUGGCUGGACGUGCACGACCAAGGCGGGCACCAUGGGGGAUCAGCAGCUGUACAAGACCAACCACGUGGCCCACAGUGGUGAGAACCUUUUCUACCAACAGCCACCACUUGGGGUCCAUGGCGGGCUGAACCACAACUAUGGGAAUACAGUCACAGGGGCUGCCAUGGAUGCCCCUCAGGCCUCACCCAUCUCUCCCCACUUCCCUCAAGAUACUCGAGACGGUCUAGGCUUGCCUGUUGGCUCCAAAAACCUUGGCCAAGUGGAUACCUCGAGGCAGGGAGGGUGGGGAGGCCAUGCAGGGCCUGGAAACCAUGUCCAGCUACGUGGCAACCUGACCAACUCAAACAUGAUGUGGGGGGCACCGGCCCAGGCUGAGCCCACCGAUGGCUACCAAUACACCUACUCCCAGGCCAGUGAGAUCCGGACUCAGAAGCUCACCAGCGGUGUCCUGCACAAACUAGACUCUUUCACCCAGGUGUUUGCCAACCAAAACCUGCGAAUUCAGGUCAACAAUAUGGCCCAGGUGCUGCACACCCAGUCAGCAGUGAUGGAUGGGGCCCCGGACAGUGCCCUCCGCCAGCUGCUGUCCCAGAAGCCCGUGGAGCCCCCAGCACCGGCUAUACCUUCCCGCUACCAGCAGGUGCCCCAGCAGCCUCACCCUGGUUUCACUGGUGGGCUGUCCAAACCAGCGCUUCAGGUUGGGCAGCACCCUAGCCAAGGGCACAUGUAUUAUGACUACCAGCAGCCACUGGCUCAGAUGCCAGUGCCGGGAGGACAGCCACUGCAGGCCCCACAGAUGCUGUCCCAGCACAUGCAACAGAUGCAGCAGCACCAGUAUUACCCACAGCAGCAACAGCAGCAGGCUGGGCAGCAGCGUAUGUCGAUGCAAGAAAUGCAGCAGCAGCAGCAGAUUCGCCCACCACAGCCUCAGCAGCAGCAGCAGCAACAGCAGCAGCAGCAGCAGCAGCAGCUGCAGCUCCAGCAGCGGCAGGGUUCAAUGCAGAUACCUCAGUAUUAUCAGUCCCAACCCAUGAUGCAGCACUUGCAAGAGCAGCAGCAGCAACAGAUGCACCUGCAGCCCCCUUCUUAUCACAGGGACCCCCACCAGUACACCCCAGAGCAGGCACACGCUGUCCAGCUGAUUCAGCUGGGCUCCAUGCCCCAGUACUACUACCAGGAGCCCCAGCAGUCCUACAGCCACGCCCUCUACCAGCAGAGCCACCUGCCUCAGCACCAGCAGCGGGAGGACAGUCAGCCCAAGACUUACCCCAGCGACAGGCAGGCCCAGGCCAUGCUGAGCUCCCACGGGGACCUGGGGCCUCCUGAUGCAGGAUUGGGAGACCCAGCAAGCUCGGAUCUGAAUCGGGUCAGCAGUGCCCUCCCCCAUCGGCCGCUCCUGUCCCCCAGUGGGAUCCACCUCAACAACAUGGGGCCUCAGAACCAGCAGCUCUCUCCCAGUGCCAUGUGGCCCCAGAUGCACCUACCUGAUGGCAGAGCCCAGCCAGGGUCCCCUGAGUCAAGUGGCCAACUAAAAGGAGUGUUUGGGGAACAGUUUGAUGCCAAGAACAAGCUGACGUGCUCCAUCUGCCUGAAGGAGUUCAAGAGCCUGCCUGCGCUGAAUGGCCACAUGCGGUCCCACGGGGGAAUGAGGGCUUCCCCCAGCCUCAAACAGGAGGAAGGAGAGAAGGCCCCGCCGCCUCAGCCCCAGCCGCCACUGCCGCCUCCGCCUCCGCCGCCACCGCAGCUCCCUCCCGAGGCAGAAAGCCUCACGCCCAUGGUCAUGCCCGUGUCUGUCCCUGUCAAGCUUCUCCCGCCCAAGCCCAGCUCUCAGGGCUUCGCCAACAGCGUCGUUGCCGCCCCCUCCGCCAGAGACAAGCCAGCCAGCUCGAUGUCGGACGACGAGAUGCCCGUGCUCGUGAGGAUGACCCUCUCUCCCCCACACUCCCCCCAAGGGGCUGCCCCCCGCACGCCUGCUGAAAUUCCCAGGAAGCAUCAGCCGGGCGCGGCCAAAGCUGAGGAGCCCCACAAGCCCGCGGCGCCCGAGAAGAAGAAGUUCCGGCACCGGCCCGAGCCGCUCUUCAUCCCGCCACCGCCCUCCUACCACCCGAGCCCCGCCGCCUCCUACUCGGGCGCCACCCUGUACCAGAGCCAGCUGCGCUCCCCGCGCGUGCUGGGGGACCACCUGCUCCUGGACCCCGCGCACGAGCUGCCCCCCUACACGCCCCCGCCCAUGCUCAGCCCGGUGCGCCAGGGCUCGGGGCUCUUCAGCAAUGUCCUCAUCUCCGGGCACGGCCCCGGCGCCCACCCCCAGCUGCCCCUCACGCCCCUCACGCCCACGCCGCGCGUGCUGCUCUGCCGCUCCAACAGCAUCGAUGGCAGCAGUGUGACAGUCACCCCAGGGCCUGGAGAGCAGACGGUUGACAUUGAACCACGCAUCAACAUUGGCUUGAGAUUCCAAGCAGAGAUCCCAGAACUCCAGGAUGUCUCUGCCCUGGCCCAGGACACACACAAGGCCACCCUGGUAUGGAAGCCCUGGCCAGAGCUAGAAAACCACGACCUCCAGCAAAGAGUGGAGAAUCUCCUGAAUUUGUGCUGUUCAAGUGCAUUGCCAGGUGGAGGGACCAAUUCUGAAUUUGCUUUGCACUCUCUCUUCGAGGCCAAAGGUGAUGUGAUGGUUGCUCUGGAAAUGCUGCUGCUGCGGAAGCCAGUCAGGUUAAAAUGUCAUCCUUUAGCAAAUUACCACUAUGCCGGUUCAGACAAGUGGACCUCCCUAGAAAGAAAGCUGUUUAAUAAAGCACUAGCCACUUACAGCAAAGACUUUAUUUUUGUACAGAAGAUGGUGAAGUCUAAGACGGUGGCUCAGUGUGUGGAGUACUACUACACGUGGAAGAAAAUUAUGCGGUUGGGGCGGAGGCACCGGACACGCCUUGCAGAAAUCAUCGAUGAUUGUGUGACGAGUGAAGAAGAAGAAGAGUUAGAGGAGGAGGACCCAGAAGAAGAUAGGAAAUCCACAAGAGAAGACGAGAGCGAAGUGCCAAGGUCCCCAGAGCCGCCGCCAGGCCCCAUCCUGGCUCCCACAGAGGGGCCGCCCCUGCAGGCCCUUGGCCAGCCCUCGGGCUCCUUCAUCUGUGAAAUGCCCAACUGCGGGGCUGACUGUAGAUGUCAUGUCACUCCCUUUCUUCCCCAGGUGUUCAGCUCUCGACAGGCACUGAACGGCCAUGCCCGCAUCCACGGUGGCACCAACCAGGUGACCAAAGCUCGGGGUGCUGUCCCCUCUGGGAAGCAGAAGCCUGGCAGCGCCCAGAGUGGGUACUGCUCGGUGAAGAGCUCGCCCUCUCACAGCACCACCAGCGGCGAGACAGACCCCACCACCAUCUUCCCCUGCAAGGAGUGUGGCAAAGUCUUCUUCAAGAUCAAAAGCCGAAACGCGCACAUGAAAACUCACAGGCAGCAGGAGGAACAGCAGAGGCAAAAGGCUCAGAAGGCAGCUUUCGCGGCUGAAAUGGCAGCCACAAUCGAAAGGACUACGGGGCCAGUGGGGGCGCCCACGCUGCUGCCCCUGGACCAGCUGAGCCUCAUCAAACCCAUCAAGGACGUGGACAUCCUCGACGAUGACAUGGUCCAGCAGUUAGGAGGCGUCAUGGAAGAGGCUGAGGUUGUGGACGCCGAUCUCCUCUUGGAUGAUCAAGAUUCAGUUUUGCUUCAUGGUGACACGGAACUGUAAAGCCCUGUUUGUCACUUAGAGACAGCGAAAACCCACGGCCUCCGUCUUCAUUAAUCAGGAAACCUGGACUGACUGCUUGUUUUGUAACCAUUUUAAACUACCUGUUUAAAAAGUGGUCGUUUUCUUGCAGUUUAGAAAAAAAAUUCCAGUUUCUUUUCCUUUUAUUUAAAAAAAAAUUUUUUUUUGUUUUUGCGGGAGGUUAGGGGGAAUAAAUAAUUGGCACAACUCUAUUUAAGAGGUGUUUCAUCUGGGCUACAUUCCCGUGAAAUCAUUCCUGGCAGGGAAUGAACCUGACAUUCGUGUUCUUUGGCUUUCAGAUGUCAACCAUCCUGACUGCCUUUUAUCCCAAAGCUUGCAGUGGGUGUGUGUAUGGGUGUAUGUGUGUGUGUGCAGCAGGCUGCCCUCUUCAUGCUGGGGCUUUGGGCCAUCCUCUCCCACCAAGAGUUAUUUUUGUUCUGACCUCCUUCCGUAGUUUGCGGUCGCUUGGCGCACUCUAUGCUAGGGGGUAGCUUUCCAGAGAGCAAAGCAAGCUCUCGUGGUCCAUGGCUUUCCUCUAGCACACACGUCAUUUGAAAAGGUGACCAAAUGUGAAAAUAACUUUUCUCCCUGCCUUGUCUGUCACUCAUUGGCCUGUUUCUCGGAACUGAGUACUGUAUGAUUUCCAGCUUGCACUCCACUGCAGGGAUUUUCUAAAGACCUGGUUCAUAGAGCAAGUGUGUCCUCUUCCAUGUUCCCUGGAGAUCAGUUGGCUCUGAGUUGUGGGUUCACAGAACCGUGUUUCGGCGUGAGCCACCUGGGGACCCACCUGGAGGAAGAUGAGCCCAACAUUAAGUUGCUAGGGCUGUCUGUUGGGAGGGUGGUCGAGGGGCACACAGAGAAGUAUCUGGAAUGCCAAGAAGUGUUCUUUUGCCCAAAAACUAGAUCGAAGAACCCAUUCCUUUUUGCACUACUGUUAAUCGUCAGUGGAGUUCUGAAAUUCCUUUGUGCCACUUGGAAGUACCGUGAAACCUCAUUCACUGGGAUUUUGCUGUAAUUUUCUUGUGCUGGAAGGAAGUUUACCUUGACGCUAGCUACACGAGAAAGGAUUUUCUAACAAAUUUGAUAGCAAAUACAAGGGAAAUAGCAUUAAAGGCCAAUAAAAAUGGCUUCAGAUAUCAUUUCAGCUACAAUGUUUGCAUUCAAACAAUGAAUGUAUUCAUUAAAGUCAUUUACCAAAGCACUUCUAGAAUUCUCCAAGCCACAUAACUCUGCUUCCUCCUGUCCCUGUAGCAGGGUUCCUGUUUGUACUUGAAGGUAAUAAACCUGUAAUCCUUCAAAAAUGACUUUUAGCUCAGGCUUUUGAGCUGAGUCAGACUGCCGCAGCCCACGGGGGCAAAUGAGCGUGCGCCUUCAGACUGGGAUGCAGCCCCAGCGCAAGCAGACUGCUUCUGGGGGCUCCCCCUCAGCGUUAAUGCAUGACUUCCAGAGCAGAGGCUUUCAAGCCUUGCUCCAUCCCAGGUAGGCUGGUUCCCCAGCUCGUGUAGGUGUGGCGAUCAUGCCAGGCCACUUUGCUGGCACAUUAAUAGCUUGACAUUAGAAUGUCAGCGGAAGCAUGAGGACAGGCCUCGAGCACCCUUUAAGUUUGUCUCUGCAAAAGCAUUUUGCGCACACUCAUGGCCCGCAGCGGCCCCACACAGACAGUGUUCUCUGAAUCUCAGGAAAGCCACAGACAGAAGAUACAUUCAAAGGUUCUUUUCAUUUCCAUCACUCUGUUUUCAGAAAAGAGGUUUUGGAGGUUUCCUUCAUCUUUUCUUUAGGGAAAAGAAAAGGGUGUUUUAUUUGCUGCCAUUUCAGACAGAUGAUUCUGUCCUAUGUUUUGAGUUCAGAACUGCGUGGGCCGUGUGCAUCAACUUUGUGGCAGAACUAUUCCACAACCAUUCCAGCUGUAGUAUCAGCUGAUCUCAUCUGUUCCAGCGACUACUUCCCUCCUCUUGCGGAUGUAUGAGAGUGAUUCUGGAAUGAUUCUGCUAUGGGGUCUAGGAAAGCUUAUCUAUCAAAGGAGCAAACAGCCAGAAAACUGUUUAUAAAGCAAAUGUGUUCGUUCUGUUUGGAGACUUGCCCAGCCGUUCCAGUUUUAAACAUUAAAAAUAAACUGAGUUGCCAAGGCAAAAACAUAAUGCACAAUUUAAUUUUGAUUUUCCAUGCAGUAUAGUAUUUAAGCAUUUUUGACUUGAAAUAACCAAAGAACUCCUCCUUAAAGAGACAGUUCAAAUUCCUGAAUUAGUGUUUCUUGACAAUAUCAACUUAAAGAAUUGACUUCAUAGUAAAAUAUUGCACUUAUUUUUUUUCUGAAAUGAUUCUGCCUGCAUGUCUGUGAUGUGUUUUAGCUUCCCCCCGACUCCUCCCCCCUUCAAAGAACUUUUCUUCCUAACGGUUAAUGUCUUCAACACAAUUACUGUUUACUAUAGGUGGUUUUUCAUUAGUGAAUUUAGACCUCUUUGAGAAAGCUUGUAUAUAAAAAGUUAACAGAUAUAUUUUAUGGAAAAACUCAUCUUAUUUUCAAAUAUAUUUAACUGCUGUUAUAUUUUAUUAGAGGAAGGUUGUAAAUAUUUUCUAGGAGUUCUAUUGUAAAGAAAAGUAUUUUUGAAAAAAAUUAAUGUAAUAAAAAGGAAAACAUUUUUAAAUAGUGCUUGUGAUUGCUUCCUGUCCUGGCUUCGUUAUGUUCUAUUCUCAGCAAAUGACUUGCAUGCCUUCUCAUUUCAGGAUGUAAUUUAUUCAGGUUUGCACUAUUAUAAGUUGACAUCAUAAUAUCUAGUGUGCUUAACUGUAUCUUCCCCGGAAUGCAGGUCCCUUUGUCCAUAUCAAAAGCACUAUGUAUAGCAUAUUCAUAAUUUUUCUUUUGUAUGUGUGUAUUUUUAAUAAGGAUUUUAUGUAACAUUUUGGCAAAAAAAGAGGACAGUAUUUUCUAGUGAAUUUUAUAAUACAUUUUGCUAAAAAUGUUUCUUCCUAGGUCAGUUUUUGUUAAGGUGAACCAAAAGUCUUAUUUUACCAGGGGUUUAAAAAAAAGUUUGAAGCUUGAAAGCAAAGUUAUAUUUAAACAUCAUAUGUAACAAAUAAAUAAAGAUGUUUUAUAGACUUGUCCUAAAAAGGUGCAUUCCUUAAAAACAAAAACAACUGGGGCAUUCUAGGUUGGUUUUCCCCCAAGUGAUAAGCAUUUUUCUAAAUUGUCACCAUGAUUUUUUUCAGAAAGAAAGCCAGGAGAAUUUUACUUACAAGGUUCCAGUCAUUAGCCCUCUCGGGAAUUUAUUACACUUCCUAUAGAUAGUCCUUCAUCAAAUAGAGAUGUAACCAAAUAGACACUGUCAUAUUUAUUUGUGAAAACCUGAUUCAAUAUUGCAUCGGCUGCUCUGGAAAUAAAAUGUUAUCUUUUUGAGUUCCA